UCCCACACACAACCCCCCCCCCAAAAAAAAAAAAAAGAAAAAAAGAAAGAAAGAAAGAAAAAAAAAAGGGUUAAAUAACCUCUCAUCUCCUUUCUCUUCUUUCUUUUGCUUCUCCUAAACCCUAAUUCUGAUCAUUUUGGGACUCAGGAGAAGAAACCUCUCAAAACUGCCCCCCAGGCCUCAACUAUCACCAUCUUUUUACGAAGGAAAAGCGAAAUCUUAUUUGUUGAUUGCAACUCUCUCUUAAUUUCUUUUAAAAAAUCUCCGCAAAAAGCUCCAUCACCUUUAAUAUUCUACUCGAUCAUCAAAAAGCAUGGAUCAUUCCGCGAACAACAGCGGAAGUAUGCAAUCUUCCAGCUGUGGCGAGGAUCAAGAUUAUGACUCACGAAACGAGUCGAUCUCUCCUUUGUUCAACUCUAGCUUCGCAAUCUCAAACAACCCUUACCCACCACCACAACCACAACCACAACCACAACCACAACCACAACCACAGCCCACUUUAUUUGACCCUCAGCUACAAUCCCACAAUCUCCAUCCCUUUUCACAUUCCCCUGCAGCAAACCAGCUCGAUCUGGUUUGGUCCAGAUCCGAGCCCAAUUACUCUACCCUCGGAAACCUCACGCCCCUAUCACCAUCAUCAUCGUCGUUUCCACCACCAAACCAAUCUCACCUAGCUCUUAGUCAAGGCCCCAACCAAGCCCCAUUACAGUCUCUUGACGGAAAUAGCCCCAGAGUUGCACUGACUUCUGUUUCUGAUCACCAAAACCAGACAACCAACGCGGGAAAGAGUUCUAGGAAGCGGACCCGAGCCUCGAGGCGGGCCCCCACCACCGUUCUCACCACGGACGCGUCAAACUUCCGGCAGAUGGUUCAGGAGUUCACCGGGAUCCCCGCGCCGCCUUUCUCUGCCUCGCCCUACGCUCGCCGCCUCGAUCUGUUUGGCGUCGGCGGUGGCGGCUCGACCCUGAGAUCCGGUCAUUUAGAUGCACUUGGACCACUUUACCCUUUUCGACCGUCGGCCCAAAAGGUUCAACAAAACCCGUUGGUAUCGUCAACUUCCUCUUCUUCGUCUCCCUCAAUGAUGUUGAACAAUACUAUGGCUUCUACUACCAAUAAUAACGAUGCUAAUACUUUUUCAAGUAACUACCAAAUGAAUAUGCAGAACCCAAUUCUUACUUCUGCAUUUCAGUCCUUGUUACAAUCCAAUGGGUCCCAUUUGGGAACAAAGUCUCAAGGGAGUUUAGGGAUUGCUUCUAUGGAUCAUGAAUUGGGUAUGGGUCAACAACAUGUGAAUGCAACAAGUCUCUGUGAGUUUUCAAUGCAAGUGGGGGGGAGCACUAACAACAAUUUGACAAGAUCAAUAUGGAGAGGGGAAGAGGGUGCUAAUGAUGAUCAAGAUCAACAUUUGGGUUCUUUUAAUGGGACUAACGGCAGCCCGCAAAACGGCACAGGUAUCUAUAAGGUGAGUUGUUCAGAUUUCCGUUCCGAGAAGAGAAUGGAAAAUAUUUCCUCAAGGAACGAAGGUACGGUGGAUUCCUGGAUUUGCCCUUCGGAUUAAUUAGGAUUUUUCAUUAAUUUUGAGGAAAUAUGGGGAAUGGAUCAAGAGGAUUUUUGUGAGAAGUGGUGAUUGAUUUAGGCUGUCUUUGAUGAUUAUUAUUAGUAGUAAUAAUAAUAAUAAACCCGAAUCCACCACUUUUUCAGUUAAGUUAAGAUUCGGCAUCAUGUUAUCGCCAUAUAUGUCACGUGUAAAUAUAUACUAGUAGCAUCUUUCCUUCUUUUGUGAUCUUUCUUAUAUCCAUUAAUUAUUACUUCAUUAUCAAGAAUAAUGCUUGCAGAAUUUUGAUUCUA